AUGCAGUGCUACUCCGAGCUCGUUCCGCCAUCGGGAAUAACUCACUCUCUGGCAGCUCCCUUCGUCUCUGCGGGCGCCAACAACCUCAUUGUUGCUCGGACCUCGUUACUUCAGAUUUUUGAGGUCAGAUCCCCAGACCAGGGCCACGACUCCAAACUUGUUCUCGUAGCCGAGCAUCGUCUGUCCGGUACUGUCACGGCCCUGGGGCGAGUUCAUGUCGAGGAUUUGAGAAGCGGUGGUGAUGCCGUCUUGAUCGCGUUUCGUGAUGCCAAGUUGAGCCUGGUCGAGUGGGACCCCACACAGCAUAGCAUCUCUACCAUCUCAAUACAUUACUACGAGAACCACGCGUUGCAAGCCGCUCCCUGGAUGCCCGAUCUUCAGUACUGUGUCAGCCAUUUGACCAUCGAUCCCAACAGUAGAUGUGCCGCCUUCAACUUCGGCGUGGGCAGUCUCGCCAUAAUCCCUUUCCAUCAAGCUGGUGAUGAUUUGGCCAUGGAUGAUGAUCUCGAUGACAUGGAUGGUAUUGUCGAAGAGCGAACGCGAUCCAAGCACGUGAACGGACUCGAGGAUGGACAUGCCACGCCUUACUUUCCCUCAUUCGUUCUUCCAAUGACUGCCCUCGACCCAGGUCUGUUACAUCCAGUGGAUCUCACCUUCCUCCACGAGUACCGCGAUCCGACAAUCGGCAUACUGUACUCGACAGCUGCUCGCUCCAACAAUCUCGCAGUAGAAAGACGGGAUGUCACCAUCUAUUCGGUCUACGCUCUGGACAUCGAACAGAGGGCCUCUACCACCCUCCAGUCCGUCAAGAAUCUGCCUAACGACAUACACUCGGUAUUUUCUCUUCCACUGCCUGUGAGUGGAAGUCUUCUGGUUGGAGGAAAUGAAAUCAUCCACAUCGACCAAGGUGGCAAAGCUACAGGCCUCUCAGUCAACGAAUUCGCCCGUGAAAGCUCAUCGUUCCCCAUGACAGAUCAGUCUAGUCUUCGGCUGCGACUCGAAGGCUCCCAGGUUGCGCAACUUGAUCGUUUGAACGGAGACGUCCUCCUCAUCACGAAAUCCGGGCAGCUCUUUGUUCUCUCUUUCAGGCUUGACGGCAGAUCAGUCUCCGGUAUGUCGUUACGCCAAGUGGACAAUACCAAGCUCUGCGAUGCAGUCCAGAGCAUGCCGAGCUGUGCCUCUACGCUCUCCUCGGGACAGAUCUUCAUUGGAAGUGAAGCAGCUGAUGCUGUGCUCCUCGGCGCGAGGCGUGGUACGCAGCUAAAACGCCAGAUGUCAAGAUCGCACGCAGAUGUAAAUGGGGACGGCUUCGAAAACGGAGAAGAUGACGAUGACGAUAUGGAAGAUGACGAUGAUCUUUUCGCAGGCGAUCGUGCCGCAUCUGCCAACCUAUCUCAAGCUAGUGGUACCAACCUCCACCUUCACGAUACACUGCCUUGUAUUGCCCCGUUGCACGAUAUAGCAUUUGGCCGGGCCACAAAGCGAAAACGUGACGACUUGGGACGAGAUGAUUCCAGUGCCCUGGCAGAUGGAUUGGAGCUAGCUGCGAGCUACGGUCAUGGGCGCGCCGGUGGUAUCGCCUUCUUCACUCACGAUCUCAAUCCUGAAGUCCGCAAGCGUCUCAGGCAUGGGUCCGCCCAAGGAGUUUGGCCUUGUUGCGCCAACCCUGGCGUAUCGGAGCGACUUAUUGUCUCGGAGAGAAGUGAUGAGGAACAAACCACCUCAUCCUUAUGGGAGCUCAGUGGGGGUGACUUGCAGAAAGUGCAUGGAACCGAAUUUGAGCCCACGUCGGGGGAGCCCAUUGCGGUUGGUGUGUUUACUUCCACAAGUCGUACCAUUUUCGUCACCGGCAGUGAGAUCCGUGUUUAUAAUGCUGGAUUCGGCAUAUCGCAGAUCGUGCCCAUUGUCGAUGAAGACGAAGGUCAGCUUUCGAGGGCUGUCAAGGCAAGCUUUGCAGAGCCGUACAUGACCCUGCUGAAGGAUGAUCACUCUGUUACCAUCCUAAAGGCGGACAAGAACGGUGAACUCGAAGAGCUGGAGCUACCCCAGUCGCUUUCCGCGGUCUCUAGUGAUGGUUUCAGUGCAGCCUCACUCUAUGUUGACACCACAGACUUCUUCCAAUCGGGCAGAUUUCACAACUCACCUAGCGAACCGAGAAUUUUACUCUCGUUGUUAUCAACAGGUGGCGCCCUGUCAGUCAUUCCUAUGUCCAACAUGGAUGUGCAGGUCUUCCAUGUGGAAGGAGUCGGCUUCUUGCCGACGCUUCUGGCGCCGGAUGUACAGUUGCCGAAGCACUGGCGAAACAGCGACGACCUUGCAGAUGCAAUGAUUGCAGACCUGGGCAAUGACGUGGAACAGCGGCCUUACCUGCUCAUUCGAAACUUGACUGGCGAUGUCAUUCUCUAUGAACCCUUUGCGGUGCCCGGCGUUGUCGGAUCGUUCAAGUUGAAAAAGGUGGCUACUCGAAAUGCCGACUACAACAAUGAUUCUACUGUUGAAGAAGAUGGAGAAGCCACACCAGAAAUGGCCGCGGCAACGACAUUUACCACAGCUUCUGGCCAUCACGCAAUGCUUCUCCCCGGCAGCCAUGCACUAGUGAUAGUCAAAGCGGCUGCGACUGCGCCGCAGAUCUAUCCAAUUGGACCUAAAUCUGCUCGCUCUCUAUGCAGUUUAGACGGGUCUCAACAUGCGGAUUUGGCUUUCGUCGACUCUGAGGGACACCUGUGCCUGGCUUCCGUCCCACCCGAUCUGCUACUUGGACAGUCGCCGUGGGUCAUUCAUCGAAAACCGCUGGGUCACGACAUCACUUCCAUCGCCUACUUCGAGGACACAUGUUCAUACGUAAUUGCGUCGCAAAGAGCUGCUCCGUUCCAUCUUCCUCGCGACGAUGAAUUCCACCCGGAAUGGGCCAACGAAAAGACCGACUUCUUGCCGACAACUAGUGAGUCCACCCUCCAGCUGAUAUCGUCGUACACCCAUAAUGUCAUCUCCCACUACACUUUCGACGCUUCAGAAAGGGUGCUUGAUGUCAAGACCAUGUCUCUUGAGACUUCAGAGAUUACCCACCGACAACAGCCGUUGGUGGUAGUUGGUACGGGUACGGCAAAGGGCGAGAGGAUCGUGACGAGAGGCCACAUUUACCUAUUCUCCGUUGCUGAGGUAGUGCCACGGCCGGGCGUCCCGGAAUCGGAUCUGAAGCUCAAGUUACUCAGCACCGAAGACGUGCGCGGCGCAGUGACUACGCUCGCACCCAUUGGCAGCCAAGGCUUCGUACUUGCGGCGCAAGGCCAGAAAUGCAUGGUUCGCGGUCUACGCGAGGACAUGUCCAUCCUGCCAGUCGCGUUCCUGGACAUGCACUUCUACACUUCGGUCUCUAAGUCUCUGCCAGGCACCGGCCUGUGUAUUCUGGGAGACGCUUUCUCUGGUCUCUGGCUCAUAGGCUACAGCGAAGAGCCUUACAAGAUGCAACUUUUGAGCCAGGACAUGGACCGUCCCUCUGUCCUUGCCGCCGACUUUCUGCCUUCAGAAAACAGCCAGGAGCUGUACAUAAUAGCCGCCGACGGAAAUGGCGAGCUUCGCAUUCUACAGUAUGACCCCGAGAACCCAAAGGCGGAGAGGGGCAAAAAGCUGCUCCUUCGCAGUACGUUUAACACCGGCGACGCACCAACAACGAUGCGCCUUGUUCCUCGCACUCUGACCUCGUACGAGGCGGCUGUCACAGCUCCACCCACAGUCGCCAGCCCAGGAUCUGGGCGUGCCACGCCGGCGGCCACGUCCGCGGCAAUCCCCAAAUACCAGCUCCUCAUCACCCACGCGUCCGGGGCUAUCUCACUAAUAACCACGGUUGACGACGCCUCGUAUCGGCGAUUAAGCACGUUGCAGAAUAUACUGACUUCGCAGAUGGAGCACCCCUGCGGCCUGAACCCCAGAGCAUUCCGGGACAUUGAAACGGACGGUAUGGGCGGUCGCGGUAUGAUUGACGGCGACGUGGCGCGACGGUGGCUAGAGUUAAGUAGUCAGCACAAGGCAAGUGUGGCGGACAAGUCAGGCGCGAGAGCGGUGUGGGACAUUAGGGCCGAUCUGGAAGCGGUUUUGGGCGGCGGCAUGGACUUUAUGGCCUAG